AUGGCAGAUGAGGUGAAACCUGUAACGAUAGAUUCUACCGCCACUGGACCUAUUGGUCCCAUAGAAAUAGUGGAGUCUGAUAACAAUGGUGGAAAUCAAGUUAAUAAUCAAACCCCUAUCGUUGAAACCAUCACAAAUGAACCACGAACUAGACUAAUAGUUAUAUAUGAUGGAACCAGAUAUCAGUACACACAAAUCCAAAUUGAAGAUUUGAAAGGUCAACACACGGAAAUCACCGAACUCAAUGAUAUACAGAAAGACAAAGAUUACUAUUAUUUGAAUUUAUGUAUCGAAUAUAAUGAAGAUUUCGAAACCAUACUAAGAUCAUAUAGUGAGCUAGUCAAUGAUGAACCAUGGAUCAAUAAAUUCAAAGAAAUCGGAUUCCACAUAACGUUUGAUUCCAAUAAACAAUCAUGGAAUGAGUUUGAAACGGAAAAAACGGAAUAUUUCACAUUAAUCGAUAACUUGAAGAAGGUCAAAUCUAAAGUAACUCAAAUAUCUAUCAUAGAUAAGUAUGAUAUCAGUGUAGCAUCUUAUGAUAAUGAAGAAUCACAGAAAUUACUAGAAGAAAUACAACAAGAUAUAGAACCGUGGGAUAAUUUGGAGAUCCUUGAUUAUGGGAAUAACCACAUGAUGUCUUUAAAAGGAGUCAAGUUUCCGGAAAAAUUAGGAAUUUUGAACAUUGGAGGAGGUUCUUUGAAUAAUUUGGAAGAUAUACAAUUCCCCAGUAACCUUACAUCGUUGAUAUGUAAUAAUAAUAUGAUCACAUCCAUAGAUAAUGUGAAAUUUCCCCAAAGUUUAAAGACAUUAAACCUUCAAGGGAACCAUUUAUACUUUUUAAAUUAUGUGGAUUGGCCCAAAAACCUUGAACAUCUUGAUAUUUCCAAUAAUAGAAUCGAUAAUAUAAGGAACAUAGAGUUUCCUUCAACUUUAAACCUGCUUAACAUUUCAUUCAAUCCCAUAGAUAAUCUUAAAGGAUGUAAAUUUCCUGAUAACUUACACCAUCUUGACAUUUCCUUCAUCCCUAAUGAAUCCAUGACAGGUAUCAAAUUCCCUGACUACUUAUAUCUGUUGAAUUUACAACAAUCAAUGACCAAUACCAGAGGUCUUAAAUUACCCAAUUUGGUUAAGAUAUUGAACUUAGGUGGUAAUGGAGUCAAUAGUAUCAAUCCUUUGAAGUUACCCAAUUCAAUCGAAUACCUUAAUCUUAAUAACAACAAUAUCAAAACCUUGAACAAAGUGAUAUUCCCAAGUAAUUUGAAGAAACUCUUCAUUGGCAAUAACCUCAUCACUACCUUGAAAAAUGUAGUCUUUCCUCAAUCAUUGGAUGAAUUAAAUAUAGAAAUGGAUCCUGAAUUGGUUGAUAAUGAUAAAAGAAUCAGUAAUUUGAAAGAUGUUAUCUUCCCAUCAAACCUUGAGGUUCUUAAUCUCAGUUAUCAAUCUAUAAAGACUAUAGAAAGUUUAGAGUUUCCUCUUGGUUUAAAAUCAUUAGAUUUGAGCUUCAAUGAACUUAAACUUCUAAGAAACGUUGAUUUUGGGAACAUAAGGAGUUUGAAUAUCAGUGGUAAUCAAGAACUUAUAGAAAUUGAUCAAAUCUCCAUACCUCCAACAUUACAAAUGCUUAUGAUACCUUCACAAUUAAUGGGUAAUUUACCUGGCUAUAUAAUAGAGAGGGCUAAUAAUAGAGAAUUGGAGAUAAUGAAAUCCUUACCCUUUGAGAGUUGA